UCCCGGCAGGCCGCGUCAAACGCCAGCUGGCGGGCGCGGAGGGGAGGCAGCUCUGCCGGCGCUCGCAGCUCCAUCGCGGGCCUCCCGGGGAAGGAGGCGGCGGUGGCAGCCCAGGAAGAGGAGGAGGAGGAAGCCGUAGCGCAGCCCCCGAAUCCAGAUAUUUUGGUGGAGGAAAAAAAGACUUUGCAAAGAUGGCUCUGUUGAAAUGCGGCUGGCUCUGGAGGCAGAGUUCUAUUCUGCGACGCUGGAAAAGGAACUGGUUUGUGCUGUGGGCGGACGGCAGCCUUGUCUACUACCAGGAUGAUACCGGUCGUGAAAUGGACGGAAGAAUUAACAUCAGAUCCAACUGCCGAGACGUCAGGACGGGCCGCGAAUGCCGGGAUAUCCAGCCUCCGGAAGGGAAAACUCGGGAGUGCCUGAUAUGCGUCGUGCAAAGGGACGGCCCCAAGACCAUGCUCUGUGCCGAGAGCGAAGACGAUGCGUUAGCCUGGAAGAUGGCCAUUUUGGAAGCUAAAGCAACCCAGGUUCACCUCUACGACCCUUACGACGACUACUACCAAACGGUACCUCUGGACUCGCACCAGGCGAUGUACGUCAGCUCGGAUUACCACGGCAACCCGUAUGUCGCCCCUGGAAUGACCCACGUCAUCAUCCGCGAAGACCCCUACCGCGUUUCCGGAGAUCAGAUGGCUCUGGGUCUCCUGGCUGGAGCAGCCACGGGGGCCGCCUUAGGCUCGUUCAUGUGGAUGCCUUGUUGGUUCUGAAGCCCUGAUGCUCUUUGGUAGCCUGGCUGACUCUCCCCCCUUUUUUUUCCUGGCAAGGCCUCCCCCCUCCCUAUUUCGAAAGCGAAGAGGGAGAACCAAAGAAGACGGAGUCACUUGGCACAUAAAUUCCCGGGGAUUUUGCAAGAUCCUUAGGAACGUUUUAAAGCACCUGCUGUGUUAACAGUAACCGUGGCCAAUAGAUCCCAUGCUGCACCGCUAGGCCCUCCCUGGGUCAUUUAGGCUCCCUGGGGCAGAUCUAGGGCAGACCGGGAGACCGCUGACCCUGCCCCAAAUCUAUAGGUUGCGUUUCCAUGGGGAAUUUAGAAGGUUAGGUAAGGAGUUGCCACCAGCUUGGAAAUCCGUUUAAUCUGGCCCGAAGCUUUCAUAAAAUCUCUUUCUGCACUUUACACACAAGCCACGUUCCCGUAACAUCCUUGGCUAAGGUGGAAUCUCAGUUAGCCUUUUUUGCAACUUGGGGCCCAAGUCCUGCUGAUGGGUUUUUCCGUAAUCAGGUUCAACGUGUUGUGUGAACGAAGGCGACUCCCCCUUUUUAAAAAAUUUCUGGCUUAAUGUAUUUGCAACGGUGCCUUGUGCAUCCUUGAGACGGGGGGCAUUCUUGGCAUCUUCCAGCUCGGAUUAUGUGGCUUGGCUGGUUCUUCUCCAGGGAUGCCCCCCUUCCACCAGGGUAUGGUCAGAAAAGUCAAGAUGGUGUCACAAUCUGUGUGUGUGCUGCACUUUACAAAUAUCCAGAUUCAAUGGCAUCGUUGUGCAGGAUCUUUUUAACCAUACCCCGUCAGUACAAUUCCUUUGCCCACUUUUGCUAGCCUCUUUCCUAUCUCUUCCACCUCUUAUGGUGGAAGCUCUCAAAAAGUUUAUGUUAAAGAGUUGCUACAUCCUGCCUGGGCUCCCAAUUGAGCUAAGCCCAUUCAGUUUGUCCAUUUGGACAAUCAUUUGUCUGAAAUGGCAGAGGGCUUCCUCUUUGAGCAGGGGGUUGGACUAGAAGACCUCCAAGGUCCCUUCCGACUCUUACUAUUCUGAAAGUCCAUCUCCUUUACAGCCUGAGAAGCUAGGGAGGGUCUCUUCUGAGCCUCUUGCCCCACCUGUUAUGCAGCCGAGGGUUAUGUGGUCUUUUAUCUGACUGUUUCCUUGGCAGCAUCUCCUUACCUGGUCUCCCAAAGUCUUUCGCACAGACCAUUGUGGUCCCCUUCUCUAUUGUUAUGUACCAGGCCAAAGUGAAGCUGGCUUGUUGGAGGUUGAAACCCAGAUCCGUGGUCCGUGUCGUGUGAACCAGGAUGUGACGUUUAGCUAUGCGCAGGUUGAGUUGGCACGCAAACAGUGGGAAUGCCAGGUGAAGCAUCUCAGCCGUCCUGGGCGAAGGCAUUCAGCAAGAUUAUAGCCGUGUCUUCCUGUCCUUCGUUAUCGAGUGCUGGGUUUGAGGUUAAGGAAUGAGCGGUGUGAAUAUGCACCGUGAAUAUAUAUUUUUGGGGGUGGGUUUGUAGCUAAGGGUGCCUUGGACCAUUUUAUCUCUGAAAGUUGGGAAGAACUAACCCAUGAGGUAGGUUAGUAGGUUGCUGUGAAUUCUGGGAGGAAAAGUCUGGAUUGCAAUCUUAACAAAUUCAAAGUAGACAGCACAAUUUUUGCACCUGCUCCAAUUUUUUUCCAGAGUUUUAUUUUCGUGUCUGCCACAAAGAUGCCAAUGGAGCCCGGUGGCUGGUUCAUCCUUGGGAAGGCGUGUAAAUGCCGCCCUCGCACAGACCCGUUGUGGGGUUGGCACAGCUAAACGACUGAAACACUGCCAGGUCAGCAAGAGAUUUCUGGGCCCACAAAAAUCACAAUUGCUAGCAGCAACAACGGCUGUGAUUCACUCCAGUAAAUACUUGCCAGAUCUUUCUGGGUUGCAAGGGUAACCCUUGUUUCCAGAUUAACCUAUCGCUUUCCUUACAGCAAGGACCAUUUUUUUUAAAGGAAAGGAUCUCACAAAAGGCAAAAUUGGAUCUUGCAAAAAAAAAAAUAAUGUUCAGAGGGAGCAUUUCCUGCACAUAUCCAGGCACAUCACCGAAUGAGAGUUGCAUACGAAAUGUAAUAGUUUUGGAUUUAAUAAAGGGAACAGCUCGCAUUUUAAGGGAGAAGCCGCCGGGAAGCGGUGCCCGUGGUUCUUGAUGGAUGAGGCUUUUUUUUUUAGCCAGCGGCGGCUCUCCUGAGGGUAUCCCAUCCCUGCGGCAGGGUCUGCCUCAUCUGGUGGGUUGGGGGCUUCCCAAGAACGCCGAAAAGUGGGCCAGCCGGGCCUCCCCCUUGAGCCGCAGCACAAACGCACCUCGCUUUGCUUCUCUCUGCGCUCUACGCGGCCACCAUGUCCCAGUUGUUAGUUUGCGGAUUGAUUCCAUCGAACGCUUAAAGCACUAAUAAUAAUAAUGAUGUAUAUUUUGGAAGAAAAACUAUUUAAGGAUUAAAAAAAAAAACAACUUGCUCUUCAA